UGCAGCACUCGCCUGGUGUGUCAAGGGUGAUGCCAACAGAUGCUGGACCCAGGAAGCUCUCUAUCCCAAGUCAGCCCGCUAGGCCUCCAGGGACGGGCUUGCCAACAGCUGGAUUUGAUCACCAGCUUGCAAAGUGAGGUCAUGCAUCUGGUGGAAUAACAAGCAAACUUUGCUUUCUGGCUGUUUUUAGAGGAUUUUCACAGCAGCGGCUGGAAACCAGGAGACCAACCCCUGGACCCUUGAGUCUUCUUUGAGAGGCCCAGCAUAGAAGAUUCCACCCCUGGGUGUUUUGCAGGACGAUGCUGGCCCUCCGGCAAGCUUCUGCUCUCCUGGUUCUAUUCCUCUCAGCCUUUGUGCCCCCGCCACAGUGUGCUCAGGACCCAGGCAUGGUGCACUACAUCUACCAGCGCUUUCAAGUCUUGGAGCAAGGACUGCAAAAAUGUACCCAAGCAACAAGAGCAAACAUUCAAGACUUCCACGAGUUCUCCAAAAACAUAUCCGUUAUGCUGGGGCAAUGCCACACCUACACAAGCGAGUACAAGAGCGCAGUGAACAACCUGGCACUGAGGGUCGAGCGCGCCCAGCGGGAGAUUGACUACCUAGAGUACCUUCGGGCAGCAGACAUGUGCGUGGAAUCAGAGGACAAGAUGCUGGCAGAAAAGCUACUCCAAGAAGCCGAAGAAGAGAAGAAGAUCCAGACUCUGCUGAAUGCAAGCUGUGACAACAUGCUGAUGGGCAUAAAGUCUCUGAAAAUCGUGAAGAAGACUCUGGACACAGAUGGCUCUUGGAUGAAAGAUGCUGUCAGCGACUCUCCGAAGGUUUAUUUCUUAAUCGGAUCCAGAAACAACACUGUUUGGGAAUUUGCAAACAUGCGGGCACUCCUGGAGGAUGGCACCAAGUCAGGCCCCCGGAAGCUGAUCUUACCACAAUCCUGGCAGGGAACAGGCCAGGUGGUCUACAAAGGUUUCCUAUUUUUUCAUAAGCAAGGGACUCCCAAUGAGAUCAUCAAAUACAAUCUGCAGAAGAGGACUGUGGAGGAUCGCAUGCUGCUCCCAGGAGGGGCAGGCCGAACCCUGGUCUACCAGCACUCCCCUUCCACUUACAUUGACCUGGCCGUGGAUGAGCAUGGGCUCUGGGCCAUCCACGCAGGGCCAGGCCUCCAUGGCCAUUUGGUUCUCACAAAAAUUGAUCCUGGCACGCUCGGAGUGGAGCACUCAUGGGACACUCCAUGCAGAAGCCAGGAUGCUGAGGCUGGGUUCCUCUUGUGUGGGGUCCUCUAUGUGGUCUAUAGUUCUGGUGGCCACGGCCCGCAUCGCAUCACCUGUGUCUAUGACCCACGGGGCACUAUCAGUGAGGAGGAUCUGCCCAACGUGUUCUUUCCCAGGCGGCUGAGAAGUCACUCCAUGAUCCAUUACAAUGUCAGAGAUAAGCAGCUCUAUGCCUGGAAUGAUGGAAACCAGAUCAUUUACAAACUUCAGACCAAGAGAAAGCAGCCUGUGAAGUAAUGCAUGACAGCCGGAGGGAGAGCGCCGUGGCGUUGGAAACUGCUCUCCAGGACACUGAGGCCACAGCCCCUUUGCAAUACUGUCUGCCUCUAAUCACACACACGGAUAGGGUCUAGAAGUCGGAAUGCAUGUGCAUCCUCCCAGAUGUUGCUGCCUUAGAGAUCUUUCAAGAGCUUAAAUGAGAGUCUGUCAUUCAGAAAUUGUCAACAACUUCCAUUACCCAUCCAAACAUCUUGCCAUCAAGGCCCUCCACAUUCUGAUCCAGUUUAGUUCCAGCCUUUUCUUUUACUAGCAUUGACUCUCACUCUACCCACCCCAUCCCUCCAAACGGUUAGAAAUGCAGGCCACCUUCUAAUACUGCCGGCUCUUCUCUCCUCUGGCCUUUGCUCAAAUGCUUUCCUCUUUCACAAAUGCCUUUUGAUAUUCUUCCACGUUUACUGCCUAACUAAAGUACUCUUUCUUAUUGAUGUUUAGUCUAGCUCUGCCUCUCUACCAAGCCAGGCAGAUAUAAUAAUAAGGUAAACACAUGAAUAUUUGAAUACCACCUUCCAGGUGCAAAGUGUUUGCACCUUUGUUACAUCAUUUAAUUCUUAUCAUGGUGUUGUAUGCAGAACAAGUCUUUAAAGUUCCCAUUUUAAGAGAUGAGAAGAGCUUAGGUGAGCCAUUCAAAAUAACAGAGCUACAAAAUGAAAGACAGAGCUAUAAAAUACUGCAAGUCCCAUAGUUUUUUCAUUGCCCAAGGAAGCACCAAACACAGGGUGUCUCCCAAAAAUGUAUACACCCUUCAACAGCCGACAGCUCAAUUUUGAAAAUGAAACGUAUUUUAAUAAACACUGCUUUUAUAAAUA